GUGGCGUGGCGGGCGCGGGGGCUGCUGGAAGGCGGCGAGGCGGGGCCGUUCCGCCUCAGCACCGGGGCGGCCUCCACUCGGUUCACCGAGCCCGCAGGAGUCACCGCCGCCGCCAUCAUGCACGACGCCUUCGAGCACGUUCCAAUCCUAGAGAAGCUGCCGCUGCAGAUCGACUGCCUGGCGGCCUGGGAGGAAUGGCUCCUUGUUGGUACCAAACAAGGGCAUCUUCUUCUUUACAGGAUCAAGAAAGACAUAGGAGAGGUUAUGUCAUCAGAAAGUGUCUGUUGCAAUAGGUUUGAAGUGACACUAGAGAAGUCCAACAAGAACUUCUCGAAAAAGAUUCAGCAGAUUCAUGUUGUUUCUCAGUUUAAAAUUCUGGUCAGUCUAUUAGAAAAUAAUAUUUAUGUCCAUGACCUGUUGACGUUUCAACAAAUCACCACGGUUUCCAAAGCAAAAGGUGCAUCUCUCUUCACUUGUGAUCUUCAGCAGUCAGAUACAGGAGAAGAGGUGCUGAGAAUGUGCGUGGCAGUGCGGAAGAAGCUACAGCUUUAUUUUUGGAAAGACAGAGAGUUCCAUGAACUACAGGGAGACUUCAGCGUACCUGAUGUACCCAAGUCUAUGGCAUGGUGUGAAAACUCUAUCUGUGUAGGCUUCAAGAGGGACUAUUACCUUAUACGGGUGGAUGGGAAAGGAUCCAUCAAAGAACUGUUUCCCACAGGGAAGCAGCUAGAACCUUUGGUAGCUCCUGUAGCAGAUGGAAAAGUUGCAGUUGGCCAAGAUGAUCUAACAGUUGUGCUCAAUGAAGAAGGAGUCUGUACGCAGAAAUGUGCCUUGAAUUGGACAGAUAUUCCUAUAGCCAUGGAACACCAGCCUCCAUAUAUCAUUGCUGUUCUGCCACGGUAUGUGGAGAUCCGUACUUUCGAACCCCGGCUGCUGGUACAGAGUAUUGAGCUGCAAAGACCACGUUUCAUCACGUCUGGAGGCACAAAUAUUAUAUAUGUGGCAAGUAAUCACUUUGUUUGGCGGCUCAUUCCGGUGUCCAUAGCCACACAGAUCCAGCAGCUUCUGCAGGACAAACAGUUUGAGUUGGCUUUGCAGUUGGCAGAAAUGAAAGAUGAUUCAGAUAGUGAGAAGCAGCAACAAAUUCACCACAUAAAGAACCUCUUUGCCUUCAACCUCUUCUGCCAGAAGCGCUUUGAUGAAUCCAUGCAAGUUUUUGCCAAGCUUGGUACAGAUCCCACUCAUGUGAUGGGUCUGUAUCCUGACCUCCUGCCCACAGAUUACAGGAAACAGCUACAGUAUCCCAACCCCCUGCCAGGGCUGUCUGGUGCAGAGCUGGAGAAGGCACACUUAGCUCUGAUAGACUACCUAACUCAAAAAAGAAGUCAGCUGGUGAAGAAGCUAAAUGAUUCUGACCAUCAGUCCAGUACUUCACCACUCAUGGAAGGAACACCCACUAUCAAAUCCAAAAAGAAGCUGCUACAAAUCAUUGAUACCACCCUGUUAAAGUGUUACCUCCAUACGAAUGUAGCACUGGUGGCACCAUUACUACGUUUGGAGAACAAUCACUGCCAUAUUGAGGAGAGUGAGCAUGUACUAAAGAAGGCACACAAAUAUAGUGAGCUGAUAAUACUGUAUGAAAAGAAAGGUCUGCAUGAGAAAGCAUUACAGGUACUUGUGGAUCAAUCAAAGAAAGCCAACUCACCUUUGAAGGGUCAUGAGAGGACAGUGCAAUAUCUGCAGCAUUUGGGCACAGAAAACUUGCACUUGGUAUUUUCCUACUCUGUCUGGGUGCUAAGAGAUUUUCCUGAAGAUGGACUGAAGAUAUUUACAGAAGACCUCCCUGAAGUGGAAGCUUUACCACGAGAUAAAGUGCUUAGUUUUUUGAUAGAAAAUUUUAAAAGCUUGACUAUUCCUUAUCUGGAACACAUCAUUCAUGUCUGGGAAGAAACUGGUGCAGACUUCCACAACUGUCUGAUCCAGCUGUACUGUGAGAAAGUGCAGGGCUUAAUGAAAGAAUAUCUCCGUUCUUUCCCUGCAGAUAAAACUCCAGUGCCUGCUGGGGAGGAAGGAGGAGACUUGGGGGAUUACCGGAAAAAGCUUCUACUUUUUCUGGAGAAGUCUAGCUGGUAUGAACCUAGUCGACUAAUUAGUGACUUCCCCUUUGAUGGUCUCCUAGAAGAACGUGCUCUGCUCUUGGGUCGCAUGGGGAAGCAUGAGCAAGCUCUGUUUAUAUAUGUUCAUAUUUUGAAGGAUACCAACAUGGCUGAAAACUACUGCCAUAAACAUUACGACAGAAACAAAGAUGGCAACAAAGAUGUCUAUCUGUCACUGCUCCGGAUGUAUCUUUCCCCACCUAGCGUUCAUUGUCUGGGACCAAUCAAGAUGGAGGUGCUGGAGCCUCAAGCCAAUCUACAGGCUGCUCUGCAGGUUUUGGAACUGCAUCACAGCAAACUGGAUACCACCAAGGCAAUAAACCUACUCCCAGCAAAUACUCAGAUUAGUGAGAUUCGGAUCUUCUUAGAGAAAGUACUUGAAGAAAAUGCCCAGAAAAAGAGAUUUAAUCAAGUCCUGAAGAAUCUUCUCCAUGCUGAAUUUCUGAGGGUCCAGGAAGAGCGGAUCUUGCAUCAGCAAGUGAAGUGCAUUAUUACAGAGGAGAAGGUGUGCACUGUAUGUAAAAAAAAGAUAGGUAACAGUGCGUUUGCUCGAUACCCCAAUGCAAUAGUUGUGCAUUAUUUCUGCUCCAAAGAAGUCAACACGUUAGACACCUGACCUUGUCAUGGUCCAUAAUCCCAACAUUCAUAUGAAAUCCAGAAUGGACGACGUAAGAAAUUGAUGCCUCUGAGAGUUUUGAGGCCUGUUGCUAUGUUCUCUUAUACUAGGUAGAAGUCAACUGUAACUGUGGACUGACUGUACCUCUCUGGCAAUACCAACUUAUUAGAAAGUUACUUUAGCCGUGUUAUUAUAGUGCUGGCAACUACACUGAACCUCGUAGUACUCGGAUGAAGAAUAGAAACUGAUUUUUGUAAUGAGUUUUGUAUUGCACUCCAACCUUGUGAACGAGUUGUUAGACAACAGUUGAGCCUUCACCACAAAUCAAAUUUUACUGUACAAUUUAACCUCCAUAGGGCAACAACAUUGCGAUUUAGCCUUGUAUGUAAAUAGUUCUUUCCAAAAAGAAAAUUCCUUUAAAGUCUCUGCAGCUGUAUCAGUGUUGUGUGGAGAUCACCAGGUGUUUGGUGUAGAGAAGGCUUUGGUGCCUAUUUCUAGACUUAAAAAAAUAUAAUUUGACUUUCAUCUCUGUAAUGGGAAUGUUUAAAUGCUGGCCAAAUGAAUCCUUUUAUUGAUCUUCGGUGUUAACACCUGACCUUCUUGUAAGUAGAAAUUCCACAGGAGGUAGUCAAAAGGUAGAUGCCAUUAUUAAGCUAUUUUUUUCUUUCUUUAAUUUGAGAGCUGUAAAUUGAAAUAACUCUUGUGUUGUUUGCACUGAAUACGUUCACUCUUAGCAUGAGUGGAAGCUCAGAGACUGUUCUAAGAAAUUCACAUUGGCACUCGUACCAAAAAGUGAAGAACACUCUGUAAAGCAACUUCUGGAGGGAGUGAACUGUAGUUAUUGUUUGAGCUUCUAGACUACACUUCAGAUCUGUAUAUGUAAAGUUCUUCGGUCUCUGGUUCGCUUUCCAGUAUUGAAGUGAAAUUUGGACUAUUUCAGCAUCUCUCUGUUUUAUAUACUCUGAAACUGUGUUCUGCUCAGCCUGUUACUAUUUGUAAGUUACUUUUGGGGCAGAAGUCUUAACUAUGAAAACUAGAUUGUACCAUAUUCCUUGUAGGCAGUAAUAUUUUUGUCUAACUUAUUUUUCCACGAACUUUAAUCUAUAGCAGAUUGGUAUGAGGGAUAUUAAAACAUUUGAUUGGUACAGAAAGAAUCUAUGCAGUGGUAAUGAAAAGGCAGCAGUAGCAAAUAACCCAGCAGCUGGCUAUGACUCCUAUUAUCUUGGUUUAACAAUAUUUAUAAAUAUGUAAUUAUUAAAUAGUAUGGAGCAUGGCAUGUAACUACCAGAUAUUGCCUCUUAAUGAACAAAUAGAUGAUUAAAGCUUGUCUGCCUAAGGUGUAAUUCUCUGUUAACAUAAUACGUUUACUUAAGCCAUUGUUAUGCGAGUGUUUUUUAGGAACAGAUCUGCUAUAGGCUGACAAUUCCUAAUCUACUUUCAUGUGCCAAUGUUAGUAGUUUCCUUUGAGACCUGCUUAUUUUGUCCCUUUACAUAUGUGUUUGUAUUUAUUGUUUGCCAUUAAUUCUUAUGGAUUUCUUGGUCCAGUGUUUUGCUACUUCUGUGCUUGGAUGUCUUGGGCAGUGUUGCUAGAGAUGUCUUUCUGCAGAGGCUGGGUAGAGGGAAUCUGUGGUGUGAAUGUUUUUUAACCUUGUAUUUCUUCUAUUUGAAGAAGAGAGCCUAAAAGUACUUAUAUUGGAUUUGCACAUUCUGUAUAGAUCUUUAUAUGCUAGUUCAGGUACAGAGGGAAGAAUAUUUGGGAAAGUUGUUUACACAGGUCAUUGAGAAUUAAAGAAGUGUAUUUAAAAAGGUCCUGUGUUCUUUGUAUGCAGAUAGAACAAUAGUGCCCUGAUUUUUACCUAUCUUAUGUUUAGUGCUCUUGACUGAUUUUUAUUUACUUUCAUCAUCUGCUACCAGGACAGCUGUAUUCACAUGUGAGGAUCUUCAUUGUACUCUUACUUUCACGGUCAAGGUUGUGCCUCUGUUCACCUCCAUUGCGUACCAUUUACAGAUGUGUGGUUUGUGAUGCAAUUUCCCCCUCC